UCUCUCUCUAGGACACGAAAAGAAUUUUUCAUAUUAAACAUAACAGAACCGAACCGAAGUUAACAAUUUACCUAAAUGAACGGUAUCCAAGUAAACCUCUUCCUAUUAAUAGCAUUGAAAUACAACAUUUCUCGCUUAAAAACAUUGAAAUGGAAAAUAAUUUUAAAGGAUUUCCAAAAAAUCUGUGUAACAUUUAUCAAGUCUGAAUUUUGAUUUCAUUAAAAUUGCAGACUAAUAAAAACAUUUGCAAAAGAAAUACUUUUACAUCUAUUGUGAAAGAAUGGUUAAUCUGUAUGUAUCACUUUUCUAGUAUCUUUCAUAGAGCUUCUUUCUUCUGGUGUAACACUUUCAUGUUUUAUUUAUGUGAAAUUAUACUGACUCAAUUUCAUUCAGUGGCCCAUCAUAAUUGUCAUAUUUUAGGCUAAAGAAAUAAGUACUUCACAAAUGAACCAAAAGAUUUUAUCUGCUCAUUUGAGAAAGGUACAGACUUGCGAUGAAAAUUAUGAGGAAAAAGAAGUGCAGCAGAGCAAUAGAGGAAGGCAAAAACAUGAGGAAAGUGUGGACCAGAAUUGCUACGUUAAAUUUCAGAAUUGCCUGAAAGAACUCCAGUGUUGUAAACAAGACCUGCAGGAAUGUAGAGAAAAACUGGAGAAUUGCAAAGCAGACCGGGAUAUAUGCCAACAGCAUUUUGAGGAGAGUUUAGAUAAAGAGAUGCAGUGGUCAGCUAAAUACAUUAGCCUGAAGGAAAGUAAAGCUUUUCCCCUGACAGAAGCCACCGGACAACAAAUCUUGGAUAUCCUGCUGGAAAAGAAGCAGACAAAAGAACGAACAUUGUCACCAGAUAAUAAUGUUAAUGAAGUUAUGGCACUUGACAUAACCAUAUCCACGGGCAACAAUAAUGACAAGAGUGUUAUUUCAAAAGUCGCAUACGAUGAAAUCAUGCGCGAAAAGGAUAAUGGCAAAGUUUUAAACGGCUUGUCCUAUGCAGUUUGGGGAAUAGAUGUCCUAUCGAAUAGAGUCGUACGCUCUGCUGUGAACACUCCUUACAAAGAGCUCACACCAACGAAGAAAGCAGCAGUGGUGAAACUGUACGCGCGAUGGAUGAGGGAAGUUCGUAAACUUCCAGAACAUAUCAUUAACGAAGAACUGGAAAGGAAGAAAUUAAAUGAGAGAUUUAAUAAAGCCAUAACAGGGGCACGCAAGAAAGUACAGAAAGUAGAGGAGAAGAAAGGUGUGCUCCAAGCAUCAACAUCAAAAUCUAAAAAUAAUUCGCCAAAGAAGUCAUUAUUGGAAGAGUCGACUGAAAUAGAUAGCGACAAUUAACGCACAAAAAGCCAUGGAUAUAUUAUCCAAUUUUUUAAUUUGUUUUAAAUAUUUCUUUUUUUAUUUCCUUUUUUAUUUUUAUUUUGUUUUACUUUUAUAUUUUAUUACUUUUCAUUUUUUUUAUUUUUUUCUUAUAUCAAUGUGUUUCGAAAAUGUCAUUAUACGUUUUAGUAAAGCUACACAUUAUAUAGGCGUGGGUACACUAUUGCUCAUUUAUAUAACAAUAUUUAGGAAAGUGUUAUUAAAUGUAUAAGUACAUACGUUGUUAUAAGUUACAUUUUCACUUACACAAUCUAUAUUAAAAAUGUAUAAUUUUCUGUAUGAAGCGUGGUCUACAUUGGUUAGUAAGCGUAAGAACUUACUGGCCAUUGUAGACCACGCUUUAUAUUCCAUAUAUCCAAAGAAUACUGCGUAUUUGUGCAAUAAUGUUUGACGCAGUUUAAACAUUUUUUCGACAUGUACAUGUUAUUUUCAUUAAACAAUAUAACAAUAUGUUCUA